CAGAAAGCAGCUGAACUGCAUAUAUAAAAUGUUCAGUAUGGCUGGAGAAAAUGAGAUGUUUGCAUCUCAAUUUAUUCUCCUGGGCUUCACCACCCAAGCAGAUCUGCAGGUGAUGUUUUUUGUCUUGUUCCUUGCCCUCUGUGUGGUCACUCUCUUAGGAAAUCUGGGAGUCAUCAUGUUGAUCCGGAUCGAUCCGUGCCUCUGCACCCCCAUGUACUUCUUCCUGAGCCACUUGUCCCUGCUGGACAUCUGCUGCUCCUCCACCAUCAUCAUCCCCUGGAGCCUGAGGGAUGUUUUGGUGGAGAAGAAGGUGAUUUCCUUCGGGAGAUGUGUCACCCAGUUCUUCUCCUUCGCCACCUGGGCCACCACCGAGUGCCAUGUGCUGGCCGCCAUGGCCCACAACCACUAUGUGGCCACCUGCAGGCCCCUGCUCUACUCCGUGCCCAUGUCCCCUCAGCUCCAUUCUCCACAUCAUAUUCCCAUGUUCCAGGUCCCAUUCUGUCACUCCUGGGCCAUCGAGCACUUGGUUUGUGACAGGCCCCCGCUGCUGGCCCUGUCCUGCUCUGACACCCGCUCCAGCGAGGCCGUGGUGGCCGCCAUGGUGGGGCUCAACGUGCUGAGCACUGCGGCUCAUCCAGGUCCAUCCUGGUGUCCUCCCCAUCUGUCCUGGCUGUUGUCCAGGUCCAUCCUGGUGUCCUCCCCGUCCAUCCUGACUGCCAUCCUGCGGAUCAGCCAGCAUCAGGGUGACACGAGGCCUCGUCCACCCGCGCUUUCCACCCGGCCUCCAUCGCUCUGUGCCACGGCAGCUCCACCCUCACGGACCUGCGCCUGUCUCCAGCCACUCCCUGGAGCAGGACAAGCUCAUCUCCCUGGGGUGUUCUGUCACUGUCCCCAGGAUGAGCCAGCAAUGUGGACUUGAGGAACGCCGUGAGGAAAGCAAAAAGCCGGAUCCUCGCUGCCUGGUCCGCCCAUGGCUGCUGGUCAGUUGAAAGGAGAGGACAACCCCGCUGUGGUGAGGGGUGUUGGAUUUUGGACCCUCGGGAAGAGAGGUUGGAUAUCAGACCCUCAGGAUCCCAGGGAUGUAGUCCAGAUUCACCUUCC